AUGCGUAUCUCACGAGUGGUUCGUGUGACUGUGGCUGCAGCCGCAAUCUUUGCUUUCUCGCUGCCGUCAUCAACCGAGGCGAAUACGCUUGAUAUCAAUACUGAACGCAACGUGGCAACGUUUGGUGCGUCUAUGAUUGAUUCGAAUCAUGAGACGCGUAUGCUCGGUACAUCCCCGAAAGACGAAGACGAUGAAGAUGUCGAAGUUCCGGCACCUAAGAAGAAGAAGCUCACAGACAGUGAUUAUUCGACAGAAGAUUCGAAAAAGAAGACGACCAAGGAGAAGGAUACCAAGGCGAAGGAUGUUAAGGAGAAGGAUACCAAGGCAAAGGAUACUAAGGCAAAGGAUACCAAGACAAAGUAUACCAAGACAAAGUAUACCAAGGAGAAGGAUACCAAGGCGAAGAAGGAAAAAGCGGCUAGAGAAGCCAAGGAGGAGGAAGAUGACGAAAAGCUGAUUGAAGCUGUCUUAAAGGAUGCAGAGAAGGAGGCAGAGCAGGAAGAGGCACAGACGGAAGCAUUAAAGAAGAAAAAGAAAGUGACAGAUGACACUCCUGCUUCGGAUAAGAAGAAGAAGAGUGUUGAAGAAAAGUCUCAAAAGUCUGAGGAGAAGUCUACGAAGAAGGAAACGAAAGAAGAAAAAAAGGGCAAUGACGAUGACGACAACAACGUGAAACAGAAAGACAACGACAACACUGUCAAUGAUAAGAAGAUUAAGGGAAACAAGAGAGAAGGUGUGAUUGAUGAAUCGUCGGAAGGUAACUCUGAAAUUGACAAGAUUGAUCUGCGGAAUAAUGAUGGCUGGGUCAGUGUUUACGACGACCCUCCACUGCUUGUCAUCAAGGCUUCACUGUACGCUUUCAUCUCGUAUAACGACACGGAGGUGUGUGACACUUUUAACAUGACCAUGAACGCCGUGGAGCAAAAGGCGGAGGAAGAGGGACGUUUUUCGUACCACGUUGUGGCUUACAUUAACUGUACGAAGAAUAACCAAGACGAGACCCAGGGCCGCUUCAUUUUGAACUUUAUUCCGGAGGGAAAGAGGUUGCUUUUGACCGAGUGUGGUCACCGUGAGGAGGGUGAGAUUGUCAACUGGCUUCGCAUUGACGAUGAGGUGCCCGAGUGCAUGACCCCUAAGGAGCGAAAGGAGUUCCUUUCUCAGCCUAUGAAACACAUUCACGUUAGCAACGGAACUAAUUCGGAUGUGGAGGCUGUGCAGACUGAUUUCUUGACUCGACUUGAGGAUUUCGACCCGGAAGAGGUUGCCAUAUUUGGCGCUGCGACGGUGGCGUUCAUGGCGGUAUUUGUCGUGCUAAUUGUGUUCAUCAUUCGCAAACGCAAGGCUCAAAAGGACCUGGAGCGUACUAUUGCUGGUGCCAAGGCCGAGCAUGCUGUCGAGGACGAUGAUUUGCAGAUUGAGGCAGAGGAGAAGGCCACCAGGGAGCGCAAGGGUCUAAUGGACAGCGCCAAGGCAAAGACUGACGAUCCUGACAUGGAGGAGGGAUCAUUUGUGAACUCUCCCGCCGUGCGCGUGUAG